AUGUUUAUGUGGUGGUCGGCUGUUUUACUUCUUGGAUGCAUUUUGCUGGGAGCAGAUGGAUGGCCAGCCAAGGAAGGAUAUGACAUCAGGCCCUAUCAGCCCCUCGUAAGGUUACGCCACAAGCAGGAAAAGAAUCAGGAGAGCUCAAGAACAGAAGAAUUUGUCAUAUUUCAUGAUGGACAUUUUAAGUCGUGUGAAAACAAGUACUGUGGCCUGGGUAGGCACUGUGUCGUGAAUGGGGAGAGCAGGCAGGCUGAGUGUGUCUGCAUGGAACACUGCAAGCCACACUACAAACCCGUGUGUGGCUCGGAUGGAGAGUUCUAUGAAAACCACUGUGAGGUACACAGGGCUGCCUGCCUGAAGAAGCAGAAGGUCACCAUUGUACACAAUGAAGAUUGCUUCUUCAAAGGAGAUAAAUGCAAACCUACUGAAUACAGCAAAGUGAAAAAUAUGUUAUUGGAUCUUCAAAAUCAGAGAUAUGCUGCUCAAUCCAAAGAUAGAAACGUUGGUGAGAAAAUGGCUUUAAGGAAAUUGCUCGUAGAUCAGAUGUUUCAUUAUUUUGAUUCUGACAGCAAUGGACUUGUGGACACAAAUGAAUUGUCUCAGGUAAUAAAACGGGAUGAGCUUGGCAAGGAUCUGUCUGACUGCUCUCUGUUCGAUUUGCUGAAAUAUGAUGAUUAUAAUAGUGACAAGCACCUAGGUCUGGAAGAAUUCUAUAGAGCUUUUCAGGUAGUUCAGCUGAGUUUGCCAGAAGAUCAAAAAAUAAGCACUACUGCAGCAACAGUAGGACAAAGUGCUGUCUUAAGUUGUGCCAUCCAAGGCGUUCUGAGACCUCCCAUCAUCUGGAAGAGGAACAAUGUCAUUCUGAAUAACUUAGAUUUGGAAGAUAUCAGUGAUUUUGGAGAUGAUGGGUCCUUGUACAUUACUAAGGUUACUACAACUCAUAUGGGAAAUUACACCUGUUAUGCUGAUGGCUAUGAUAAACUCUAUCAAACCCAUGUUCUUCUAGUGAAUGUUCCACCAGUCAUCCGAGUGUACCCAGAGAGUCAGGCAAGGGAGCCAGGAGUGACAGCUAGCCUUCGGUGCCACGCUGAAGGUAUUCCUAACCCACAACUUGGCUGGCUGAAGAAUGGAAUUGAUAUCACUCCAAAGUUAUCUAAACAGCUAACUCUUCAAGCAAAUGGCAGUGAGGUACACAUUAGUAACGUGCGCUACGAAGAUACAGGAGCAUAUACUUGCAUUGCAAAGAAUGAAGCAGGAGUGGAUGAAGACAUUUCUUCUCUUUUUGUAGAAGAUUCUGCUCGAAAGACCCUUGCAAAUAUAUUGUGGCGAGAGCAAGGUCUGGGAAUUGGGAACAUGUUUUAUGUUUUUUAUGAAGAUGGAAUCAAAGUCAUACAACCAGUGGAAUGUGAAUUUCAGAGGCAUAUUAAGCCUAGUGAAAAACUGCUCGGUUUUCAGGAUGAAGUUUGUCCCAAAGCUGAUGGAGAUUCUGUUCAGCGAUGUGUUUGGGCAACUGCUGUAAAUGUAAAAGACAAGUUCAUUUAUGUGACUCAACCUACACUUGACAGAGUGCUUAUUGUUGAUGUACAGUCUCAGAAAGUUGUACAGGCAGUAAGUACGGAUCCUGUUCCAGUGAAACUACACUAUGAUAAGUCACAUGAUCAAGUCUGGGUGCAGAGCUGGGGAAACAUGGAGAAGAAUUCACCAACUUUGCAAGUGAUAACACAAGCCAGUGGGAGUGUUUCUCAUCACACAAUCCAUACUCAGCCAGUGGGAAAGCAGUUUGACAGAGUGGAUGACUUUUUCAUUCCUGCUACAACCCUCAUCAUUACUCAUAUAAGGUUUGGAUUUAUUCUUCAUAAAGAUGAGCCCAUGCUCCAGAAGAUUGAUCUUGAAACUAUGUCGUACAUCAAGACAAUUAGUUUAAAGGAUUAUAAUUGCAUUCCUCAGUCCCUGGCUUAUACACAUCUUGGAGGAUUAUUUUUUAUCUACUGUAAACCUGAUACCACUGGUGCUGUUCUGCCACAGCUUAUAGUGGAUAGUGUUACUGAUUCUGUGAUUGGAUACAAUGGCGAUGUAACAGGCAGACCACACGUCUCUCCAGAUGGACACUACCUUGUCAGUAUUGAUGAUGCAAAGGGUCUCAUGAGGAUCCAGACCAUAACGUUGAGAGGAGAAAUACAAGAUUCAUUUGACAUUCACACAAAUUUGCACAUAUCUGAUGUAGCUUUUCAGCCAUCAUUCACUGAAGCUCAUCAAUACAACAUCUACUGUAGUUCCAGUACACAAACUGACGUUCUCUUUGUGGAGCUCUCCUCUGGAAAGGUUAAGAUGGUGAAGAGUCUUAAGGAGCCUGUCAGGGCAGGCGAAUGGCCUUGGAACAGUAAGAACCGUCUUAUAAAAGACAGUGGCCUUUUUGGUCAGUAUCUCAUGACCCCUUCCAAGGAAUCUCUGUUUAUCCUGGAUGGACGCCUCAAUAAGUUAAAUUGUGAAAUCACUGAAGUUGAGAGAGGCAACACAGUAAUUUGGGUUGGGGAAGCAUAAGAAUCUAUGUUGAAUAUUUGCUGAAUUAAUAGUUUUACAGUACGUUGCACUUAAAUUAUAGCAUUCUUUAAAUCUACACCAAUUUCAUUUGAAAUUGUUCAACCCUUCUAUGCCUGUUAUUCCUUUGACUUGAAUGCAAUUUGAGUCAAUUUCCAUAUAAGUUACUAAAGCAACAGCUAUUUGCUAAUAUGGUAGCCUUAUUGAAUAUCAACCAAGAUUGUAUUGGUUGACUGGAAUUACUACAUAUUGAAAUUGAUGACAAAUACCAUGCAUUACUUUAAAGAAAAUAGGAAAAACCAUAAAGCUUCAGGGAAUUUAACAUGAUACUUUGCAUUUGUAAAUGGAAGAAUUGAAUAUGAUUCAAAUAUUGGUUUGCUUUGCUUCAGACACAAAAUGAGAGAUGUACAACUUUUUGUUCCUUAAACUGAAAUAGGAUGUCCUGUUUUGUCAGUUCACUGUUUAAUAUUUUUGUGCCUUGAAGUGAAAGUGUCACAAGAAAGGUAAAGCAUAGAAAUUGUGUAACUUAUUCCCAUUGUGACUACAGGAUUGCCUGUCAUUGGAGAGAAACAUUUACUAUCAAAUUUUUGUCUCAAGCUUUGGGACAUAGAAAGAGA